AAAAAUAUUUGAGUGUUUUUUCUUUUUUAUUUGCAUCACUCCCAUCAUUGGCUCCCGUAGCGCUCCACCCUUGCCAGAUAACGUGUGUUAGAACAGGUGGCAGGUUUCCAAGCUCUAAGGCAAAAACACCUGAAAGUAUGGACUUGCCGUCUGACUCGGAAACACAGCUCCUCGUUGAGACUUACCUGGAGCCUCUCACAAGGUCGAGUCCUAUGGGGAUUAGGAAUCCGGAUUCGGAGCUCAGUGAAGACGACUGCAGCGCGGGGCAGGAGUCGAGCGACGUGUCAAAGUCUGAGAACAAGACGAGACGUGUGGCCAGAAGGAAGCUCCUUGUCGCGUGCGCCGUCAGCCUCGUCUUUAUGGCCGGAGAGGUGAUCGGCGGAUACGCGGCUCACAGUUUGGCCAUCAUGACGGACGCGGCUCACCUUCUGACGGACUUCGGCAGCAUCGUGAUCAGCAUCUUCUCCCUGGAGGUUUCGUCCAGGCCUCAAACUCAAACCAUGACUUUCGGCUGGCACCGAGCAGAGAUUCUGGGGAUGUUCCUCUCCAUCGUGUCGGUCUGGGCCGUGACGGCGGUUCUGGUCUUCUCAGCCGUGCAGAGGAUCGCUGAGGGCGAGUACGACAUCGACGGCCAGAUCAUGCUCGUGACCUCGGCCUGCGCCGUGGUUGUCAACGUCCUGAUGGUUCUGAUUCUUCAUCAGUCCGGUGCCUCACACGGCCACAACCACGAGGUCCCCAUAGCGCAGAGGGACAAACGGACUCGGGGUCGUCACCACGGCAACGCGAGUGUGAAGGCGGCCUUCGUCCACGUGUUGGGCGACCUGCUGCAGAGUGUCGGCGUCCUCCUGGCUGCUAGCAUCAUUCACUUCUGGCCUGAGUAUAAAGUGGCAGAUCCCCUUUGCACCUUCCUGUUCUCAGUCGUCGUCGUCGGAACGACACUUCCCGUCUCGAAGGCCGUGUUCAGGAUACUGAUGGAAGGCGCUCCUCAGGGCGUCGGCUCCGUUAGAGAGCAGCUACUGUCCGUGGGAGAAGUCAAAGCCGUUAACGGUUUGCACACAUGGAGCCUCAACAUGGACCACUCUCUGCUUUCCGCACACAUCGCUAUAGAUGAAGGUGCGGAUUCACAGAUCGUCCUCAGGAAGGCAACAAAGCUCCUUCGUUCCAAGUUUGGUUUCUCCAGCAUCACAAUCCAAGUGGAGCGAUGCAAGGCUUCAUCCAAAAGAUGAUUCUGAUUGGCUGCUCCCUCUGUGGCAACCAGCUGCAGCUGGUUUUUAAAAGCUGUGUCCAUUAUUUGGAGUAUGCAUAAAGUUUUCACCCAAACACCAUGGAAAUGAAUGUCAAUCUUAUUAUUCCAGGAUGAAAUUAAAAAUUUUUUUUUUUGAGUUUAUUGUUUGCUCAAAUGACAAGUGAAUAAAUAAAUAUGCCCCCUGCUAAGAUUUGGUUAAUUUGUUUUAAAUCAAUCUUAUUUGUAGAGUAAGUAAAGCUUACUUAAAUUGGUUGGUUACCUGGACAACACUUUUGUAAGCAUUGGGUAUAAGCUUUCACUUGGUUUUGCCUUUUAUUUAUUUGUAGAGACAAUGAAUUUUAAUAAACGCAGCGUAAAUAUGAGAUUGUAGCCAACGUUAACUAAAUUUGUACAAUAACCAGAUGGGUUUUCUCAAAGGAGAGGCUAUAACUCUAAAAUAUACAUAUUAAUAUAUCAAACCAAUGUAUUUACAUGAAUGUAAAGAACCUAAGCAAGAUUAUAUUGUACUGUAUUCCACUUUUUAUACAUACAAUUUCCCUUCUGAAGCAAAUUUCUGAAUGACUGGUUGAAGUCAGGGUUGGUUUUGGCAACAUUCUUCUCCAUAAAUAACACAGCCAACGCAUCGAGACGAUCCAGUUCAUGAUGCCAAUUCACAUUGGAGCUAUAGAAAAGUAGACAAUUAUAAUAUGUAGGGCCUGUUUUAAGGUGUGCUCCCCACUUUUUAAUUAUCCGUGCCUGGUCAGAUCCUGCUGUUUGGAUAAAGGAGGCAGGGAAAGCAGAGUGAAGCAUUAGCUAGCAAAACUUAAUGUAGCGAAGCUUUGCUAGCUUUGGCUUAGCUUCCACCUCCAAUGUUCUCUUUAAAUUCAUACGCAGUUUUUCUUUCUUCCCCUCUCUGCAAUAGAUUUAAAUAAUUCAAUACUCGAAAACAAAUGGAAACAUUUCGCGUAUUUAUUGAAAAUGAAAAAAUUUACAAAAGUAUUCACGCUUUUCACUGAGAUCUUGUGGGAGGUAACGGCUGUAUUUGUGGCAAAACUUGUGUCAGGAAAAAAAGCAGGAAUGUGACAAAGAGCUGAACAUGUCUGCUGGACUCAGAAGGGUUAAUGAAACAUCUGUGAUGUUAAAACCACAUUCAGACAGAAGUAGCACUUCCUUUUUUUUUGUUCUGCAAGUGAGUCAGAGGCAGGGCUCAGAAAGAGGAAGGCAGAGGGGAAACAAAGCGUUAUUCACCAACUGUUCAGGAGCGUUUAUGUUAAAGAACGAGAUUAUUUCCACCAUCAUGGCGGCCGUAAACAAACCCACUUUGAGGAGGGAGCAGCUGAGAAAACCCUCAGGAUUAAAAAAAACAAAAACAUAGCAGUGAGUUCCACUCACUCAACCAUAAGGCACCGCAGAAAUCAACUUUUUAUUCUUACUUUGGGGCUAAGAAGAGUUUUUUGUUUGUUUGUUUGUUUAAUUUCCAUAAAGAUUUGUUUGAGAUUUACACAUCUCUGCUGCUUUUCUUCAGUUAAAGCAGAAAAAUUCAAACGCUGGGUUUGCCACAAUAAAUGGCUAAAGAUUUUAACCGAUCAGGUGUCGCCGUGCAUAUUUUUUUGGGAUACUUGGGGGGUUUUGUGUCUUGCUUUAGCAUCAUCAUGAUUAGUUUAUUUUCUAACGGUUCAGAUCAGGUGGAGUGUAGUCCCUCACCACACACGAUAGGGAGGUUAUACAGUACAAACAACAGAUUGGCUUAAAGGAUAUGUACAAACUAUUCGACCCUUAUGGAGAUUAAAGAUGGUGUUAUCAAAACAAACACUCGAUUAAGACAACGAUAGCUGCUAUUGGAAUACAUUUUGUUCCGUCUUUUCCCCCACCAUGUAACAGUUGUAAAAGAAUAAAAAGGAACCACAUGACGCCGGCUCCGCCCCCAUGCGGAAGUAGAGCAGUCCUCCGACAACCACACAAUUAUUAAGGCAGACUAACGGACCUCAAUGUGUUGCCCUGGACAUUUUUUGAAUCAUUUUUGCCUUAUAAACCGGUUACGUCAUAGCGUGGCGACAAGGCCUGUCCGAAUUCCAAGACUACUUCAAAUGAGUCCUCCUUUCCCCCAUAUUUGGAGUUUGGGUCCGGUGUAACCUUCACGGCCCACCAUAUCCCAUAAUUCACUGCGGGUCCCAACAGGGCGUUCAGGCAGAGCGUCAAUGGCGGUGAAGAGCGACCAAUUAUUUUUGCUAUAUUACACUUUAAAUGACAACGUGAUUUGGUACAACGUUUUUAGGCGAGAAUGUAAGCAUGUAAGUCUCAAGUAUCUGCUCGGUUCAUCAAUACGUCACCUAAUUGCAAUAUUGCUCGGACAUUUUCGGACAUGUCUGCUCCCGCUGCGUUAGCAGCUAGCUCCCCUCGCCAGCUGUUAGCUGGCCGGGCGCUCCAGGUUCGGUAUACCGGGGGAGAACGCCCGACUCCCGGCACAUUGUUAUAAAAACUCCCGCUAGCUUUCCCCAGUGAGUGGAAGUUAAACACCGAUAUUAUUCAGACGGGCAAUAUCUGGUAGAAAAAUGUUUAGUUUACUAACGUAUUUCAAAGCAGAGCAAAUCGGUUUGAUUGAUUAAAAGUUAAGCCUUCAAACAUAAUAGGUUUAUUUAACCGUAAUGUCUUAUCUGAGAUCUGGAGAGUAUUAUAUUUGUAAAUGAAUAAUUUGCUUAUAUGUAUUCCUUGUAGAAAAGUGCAAUACACGUUUGAACAUUUUAGAAUCACACUAACAGAUUUCCUUUUUUACUAUGCAACACCCUUUACUAUAUGUUAUAUAUAUAAACACAUAGGAUAUACUGUAUGUUCUACAUACAGCCUAUGUAGGACCCAUCCUACAUAGGCUGUAGACCCUGAAUUCGGACACAGCUGGUAAGUCUUAGCACGGAGCCUGAGACGUUAGGAGCCCUGAAUCGAUAGCACGGAGCUAUCAGUAAGUAUCGUUAUGACAAAAACUGGGAUGUUUACUACCAGUUACCUUCGUGGUGCUGACUAACGUGGUAGUUCCCGUUCAUCAGUUUCAUUCAGCUGGACGUGAGGUGGUUCUGCAGUUCAUGAUCCAUUUCUUGUGUUAUUCCAGACUC